AUGGGUGCGGGCCAUUCAGCAGGUGGCCUGCUGCGCAUUCAAGGCUUUCAGCAGACAGAUGAUUUUGCACGGUCCCCCGGCUAUGAGGUCCGAUCUGAAUCGGCUCCAGUGGUGACCAAGUCCUCCCUUCACCCACAGCCCCUGAUCAGCCGCAACUACAAGGGCGAUGUGGCCAUGAGCGAGAUCGACCACUUCAUGCCUCUGCUCAUGCAGCGCGAGGAGGAGGGCGCACUGGCCCCGCUGCUGAGUCACGGCCGUGUGCACUUCCUGUGGAUCAAACACAGCAACCUCUACUUGGUGGCCACCACGCUAAAGAACGCCAAUGCCUCCCUGGUCUUCUCUUUCCUCUACAAGACGGUGGAGGUCUUCUGUGAGUACUUCAAGGAGCUGGAGGAGGAGAGCAUCCGGGACAACUUCGUCAUUGUGUAUGAGCUGCUGGAUGAGCUCAUGGAUUUCGGGUUCCCACAGACCACGGACAGCAAGAUUCUGCAGGAGUACAUCACUCAACAGAGCAACAAGCUGGAGACCGGCAAGUCGCGGGUGCCACCCACGGUCACCAAUGCAGUCUCUUGGCGCUCGGAGGGCCUCAAGUACAAGAAGAACGAGGUCUUCAUCGACGUCAUAGAGUCCGUCAACCUGCUGGUCAAUGCCAACGGCAGCGUCCUGCUCAGCGAGAUCGUGGGCACCAUCAAACUCAAGGUGUUUCUGUCCGGGAUGCCAGAGCUUCGGCUGGGUCUCAACGACCGCGUACUCUUUGAGCUCACUGGCCGCAGCAAGAACAAGUCCGUGGAGCUGGAGGACGUCAAGUUCCACCAGUGUGUGCGGCUGUCGCGAUUCGACAACGACCGCACCAUCUCCUUCAUCCCGCCAGAUGGUGACUUCGAGCUCAUGUCCUACCGGCUCAGCACGCAGGUCAAGCCGCUCAUCUGGAUUGAGUCUGUCAUCGAGAAGUUCUCCCAUAGCCGAGUGGAGAUCAUGGUCAAGGCCAAAGGGCAGUUUAAGAAGCAGUCUGUGGCCAAUGGUGUGGAGAUUUCCAUCCCGGUCCCCAGUGAUGCUGAUUCCCCACGCUUCAAGACCAGCGUGGGCAGCGCCAAGUACGUGCCAGAGAAGAACAUCGUUAUCUGGAGUAUUAAAUCCUUCCCGGGGGGCAAGGAGUACCUGAUGCGGGCCCACUUUGGCCUCCCGAGCGUGGAUAAGGAGGAGGUGGAGGGCCGGCCUCCCAUUGGAGUCAGGUUUGAGAUCCCCUACUUCACCGUCUCCGGCAUCCAGGUCCGAUACAUGAAGAUCAUUGAGAAGAGCGGUUACCAGGCCCUGCCCUGGGUUCGCUACAUCACGCAGAGUGGAGAUUAUCAACUUCGGACCAGCUAGGAAGGACAAGAAGCGGGGCCUGGAACUAGGAACUCUCUCUCCCCAGACCACAGAGUGUAGCGUGCGGAGGGGCGGACAGGGCGCGCACUCGCCCAUUUAUGCAGCUGCCCCUUGCUGGAUCCUUCUUCCGGCUUCAGCCCCUUCCGGCUUCUCCACCGCUGUAGGCUGGGAUGGUCUCUGUCUCCCUCGCUCCUGGGGCUCCCAACCCCAAUUUUAUAUGAAGAAAUAACAGAGGGGCUUGAAGCCCCCCUCACGAGUGCCUUCCUGCAGUGACUGCCUUAGGGGGUUCAGGCCUCCUCCUUCAUGGCCGCUGAGCCCACCCCUGUUUUAGGGCGUCAGUAAAACGAUAGAUCUGGCCACUCUGAAUGUGUUCUUGGCAGGGGCUGGGGAUGCCGGGGAUGCCCUGCCAGUGAGGUGUCCACUCACCCCAUGACCCUUACUUAGCUCCUCUGUGCUCCCCUGGGCCAGGUCAGGCAUCUGCACUUGGUCCCCUCUCCAGCCUCCACUUCCCCACCACUGAACCUUCCCUCCAUGUGGGCGACUUAAUUGUAAUGCAUUGCAGUGGCCCAAACCCUCUCUCCCCGCGGUUCCCAUCUAGUUAAAAAGUUACUGGGCCGGGAAUUUAGCUCAGGGGCGCCUCCACCUGCCACCACCUGCCUCGCAAAAGCAAGGUCUCUGGUACCAAAAAAGUAAAAGUCACUGUCAUCCCACUGGCCCAGGAGCUGCACAACCCCACCGUACCCCCCCACACCUCCUUGUCCUCCCGGCCUUUCAUUCUCCCUUGCAAAAUCAUACCAGGCUCACUGCUACUGCAGGGCCUUUGCAUGUGCUGCUCUCUAGAGAUUUUCCUCUCCAGAUCCGCCCAGGCUCCCUUCCCACCUUCAGACUUUAGAUUACACCUCUU